GCUUGAAUGAGAGAAUCACAAGACCGAGAAGGAAGUGGAGGAGGUUUCUAUUAUUCUAUUCGCCUACCUUGCUGUUGUCCUUGUACUGGAGCUGUUGUAUCUGUUCGCUGGUCGAGGAAGGAAGAUAUUCCAAGUCUUGGCUUUUUGGAUUAUGAAUCUGUUGUCAUGAAAUGAAUUUGAUGAAUUUGGCAUGCUGUAGAAUUUUUUUUUUUCAAUGUAUGUGUCCCUUAUAAAAAAUCC